UUCAUAUUUCAAGAAAUAUGACUAACAAUCUAUCAGGUGAAACACAAAUGUUGAAGUUGAAACGCGAAUAUCGAUUAAAGAGCACUGAUAUUCUAUGCAUAUACUAUUAACUGUGCGCCACAAUACAUCUUAAUUUAUUAAAAGUACUGUAAAAUCGUCCACAGUGAUUGAUUUUUCAGUCCAGCAUAAUUGCGUCCCUAAAUAUUUGUAUUUUCGUCGCAAUCCGUAAGUAACGACUUUGAAAUACUGUAUUUUGUUGUGUGAUGCCCUCUGAUGGUUGAAGCGAAGAAAGACAAAAGGUUCGACAGCUCGUCUCUCUGCUUGAUUUCCUGAUUUCAUCAGUUCGUGCUGCAUUCGACAAUAUGGCAGCGCAGGCAGAGUUGUUUUGCUUGGAUACGUUUCCGUCUCAUUAUAAUCAAUUGCAUGUCCUGCUUGCAAAAUCACAGUUCAAUCAGAUAUUUCCAGGUAGAAAUGAAUUACCAUGUGUGCUGCUUUGUGCGCGGAGGCGGCAGUCUCCUCCGAGAGCUGACAUGUUUCUGUGUGCCCAUGUCACGACAGAGGAAGACAUUCCGGAGUUUGCUACCUUCGUGAACAGCGAUACACUGCUAAAACUUUACACAAGCAGACUGUUUUUUCGGCAUUACGGGUUUCAGCCUGGUGCAAAAGUGUCGGUGCGUUUGGCGUCUCCAAUAGGCCUGAGUAAAAUAGUGGUUGGCGCAAAAAGCAGACAGAGCUUUAAAUGGGCAAAUUCCGAUAAGUUCUCGAAUGGACUUCUCAUACUCGCCUCCUGUCAGAAACAAAACGUUUUGGCGAGGCAGGGUGACGUGUUGUUAGUGCCUUACCACCCACUUUUUGGCGACGAUAUCGCCCAGGUUAAUCAGUAUUUUUUAGACCUGGUUGUCCUGGAGUGUACACCUGUUACGCAGGGAGUCAUAACAGUUAACACGACUGUGGUGGUCACAGACUGCAGAGACUUGGCGCAGAAUCACGGCCCUUUAGAGGGCUCAAGCCAGGCGUCGACGACUAGACUUUUAACAUCCCUGUAUGCUUCUGAUUUUGCACACUACGCUAAUAGCUUCUCUGGGGGGCGUUCGCUGUUAGAAAAGAAGAAAGUCAUUAAGUCAGACUUCUCUGAUUUUCUGCAAGCAUUGGAAUGCAGAUUUGACGUCAGAGUAAUGGAUGUGUCCAGCCUGCUGAAGCAAGGGAGGAUUAAAAUAAAAGAUAAGGCAGAUUUGGGGACCAACGUGGAUGCUUCUAUUUUUGUGAGCAAACACUCACUCCUUAAACUGGGUCUGUUCAACCACGAAUGGGUUGUUGUGUCCACGUUAAGCCUCUCUUCGGACAAAAUGAGGGUUUCGGUUAGGAGUGACUGUCCUGAGAAACCCGAGGACCAUGCCUGCAGUAAAGACGCCGUGACACACAGAGGUGGGCACCUCGCUGCAGUUGUUGUUGCUGAAUUCACCAGAUCUCAAGACCUGGAGUUUCACGAAAACGUGGGCUUCGUCUCGCCCUCUCUGUGGUUUAACUUAUCUGGUGGGGCCCCAAUGCCCAUCGCCAGCAGAGUUGUCAAGAUAAAGAGAUGCUAUGAGCAGGUUUCCCAACAAGAGAGACAGCUGAAAGACAGCAGGUCCUCCACAGCAUCUUUACCCUUUGCCAGAGAACUGCACAUUGACGCCAUCAUUUCACCUGACUACAGCUCCAAAGGCAGUAUUGAUAGUGUUCUCUAUGCACACUUUAGCACACCCAGGCUGGUGCAAUUAGGGGAUGUUUUGAGCAUUCCUACUGAAGGACAUGCAGCAUUCCUAGAGAGUCACACUGAAGGAUUUACAAGUUGGCCAGUAUUGUAUUUCAGGGUGAAGAAGGUUUGUGGCACUACUACAGAGAAUGGAGAGAUGAGCCCUUUUGGUUAUCUGGCUGAUACAGAACACACAUCCUUGUACUUGGCAGGAAAUAUAAACAGUUUCGUUCCCUGUUCCCCUGGGGGUGAUGGGCCUUCGUUCUGGACCAGCCUGUGUCCCCCAGGGCUCUCGCACACAGUGGAGCAAAUUGUCAGCACCAUCCAGCCUCAUGUCACCGAAGGCGCCGCAGUGCUGGGGAGUGCUUGCACGCUCCUAGUGCACGGUCCGUGUGGCAGCGGGAAGGUCACAACUGUCAGAGCAGCGUGCGCCAGACUGAACCUACACUUCCUCAAGGUGGACUGUGUGGGCCUCUGCGGGGAGACGGCCGCCGCCGGCGAGGCCAAGCUGCAGGGGGCGUUCUCCCGGGCGGAGCUGCACCAGCCCUGUGCCCUCCUGCUGAGGAACGUGCAGUGGGUGGGCAAGCAGCGCGAGGGCUCCGCGGAGGACGCCAGGGCUGGCCGCGCCCUCCGGCGUCUCAUCGCUGGCCUCGCCGCCCCCGCCAGCGGCAACAUUGUGGUCAUCGGCACAGUUCGCAGCCCACGGGAGCUGUCCCUUGAUGUGAUGAUGGCAUUUGUCCACCAGGUGGCAGUGGAAAGCCCUACAGAAGAGCAGAGGAAGGCUAUGCUGACCAGUCUGUCUGCAGGACAGCCUCUGGGGAAAGAUGUUAACCUGGGCAAGAUUGCUAAACAGACAGCGGGCUUUCUUCUGGGUGAUCUGUGCACACUACUUGGUUGUGCUGGCAAGUCAGCCUACAGAAGGAUCCUAAAGACCUGUUUCCCAGGCGGGCUUAGUCUGCAUGAAGAGGAGGAUCUGCGUGCCUCUGGAGUGUGUAUCCUGGCUGAGGACUUUGCCAGCGCUCUGGAUGAGCUACAGAAGGCUCACUCUCGUUCCGUUGGAGCACCCAAGAUUCCCUCAGUGAAGUGGCAGGAUAUAGGCGGCCUACAGCACGUGAAGAGGGAGAUACUGGAUACCAUCCAGCUGCCACUGGAGCACCCCGAGCUGGUCUCCCUGGGCCUGAGACGCUCGGGUGUGCUGCUGUAUGGGCCUCCUGGCACUGGGAAGACGCUGCUCGCCAAAGCUGUGGCGACUGAGUGCUCCUUGACCUUUCUGAGCGUGAAGGGGCCGGAGCUGAUCAACAUGUAUGUGGGCCAAAGUGAGGAAAAUGUUCGGGAGGUCUUUUCGAAAGCCCGGGCUGCAGCUCCCUGUGUGGUGUUUUUUGACGAGCUGGACUCGUUGGCUCCUAACAGAGGCCGGAGUGGGGACUCGGGAGGGGUCAUGGACCGGGUGGUGUCUCAGCUUUUAGCAGAGCUGGAUGGGCUACACUCCUCGGGAGACGUGUUUGUAAUUGGAGCAACUAACCGACCUGACCUGCUUGACCCAUCUCUGCUCCGGCCUGGCAGGUUUGAUAAACUGGUAUAUGUAGGAAUUAACGAAGAUAAAGAGUCUCAGCUACAAGUCCUUAAGGCCAUCCUCAGAAAGUUCAAGCUGGAUCCGAAUGUCAGCCUCCUGGAUAUCGCGGAGCGGUGCCCUCCUCAGCUCACGGGAGCGGACUUGUACGCGCUGUGCUCCGAUGCCAUGACAUCGGCCAUCAAGCGGAAGAUCAGUAGGAUUGAUGAAGGUCUGGACACCGAAAAUUCAGAUCUUCUACUGACACUGGAGGACUUUCGCCAUGCCCUACAGAACCUACAGCCAUCUGUAUCUGAUCAAGAGCUGCUGAAAUACAAGCUCAUCCAACAGAAAUUCACAGCAAAGUAACACCACCCACGUCGGUUCAGGUUUUUGAAAAAAUGUCCCUUUUAAAAGAUGGCAUACCUCUGGCCAAAUCUACAUCCUUUCUUAUGCACUAUAUUCGCAGAAGGCAGGCUAUCUACCAAAGCUUACUCUUCUAGACCACAAGACUCUUAAUGUUUUUCUCCCUCUUCCAUCUUUUUUUAAGGUUUCCGUAUUAAUGGAAUGGAAAAAAACAAACUAGUUUCCAUUAGUCACUGUCAGUCACUUCUGUUUUCUCUUUUAAAAUAUUAUGCGCAUUACAAGCAAAAAAAAUUCACACGCAUAGAAUACAACAAAACUGCACUUUGUUUACUUCAUAGAGGAAAAAAAAAGUUGGGCUUUGAUAUUCACUGCCGAUUACUGUAGCCUAGGUGCAAGUGCAUUUUUUUUAAAGAUAACAAUGUGGAGUUACAAUAAAUGAAAAAAAAACCUAUAUCUGUAAUAACAUUUUCACCAGAAGUAUAAAAACAGAUUAUAACAUUAAUAGCAGAUAAAGAUUCAAAUUGGAUACGCCUCUAACACGCUAAUGGCUUAAUAUAAUUAGGUCUAGUUUUUUACACUGUCUUUAAUGUCUUUCACCUUGAAAGUUUUUUUUUUCUUUGACAUGGAGAUCUCCAGACAGAAUGCUUACCUCAAGAGAGGCAACAUUCGGUUUGCUUUUAAGCUAAAACAGUGGCUCUUUAAUAUAGAAGAAACGUUUUGGCACCUCAGAUGAGCAACUAUUUACUAAAAGCAGAAACAACCGCUCAGAAAUAAAGUAGUAAAAGCAAAAUAAAUACUAAGAUGCCAGUCUGUGUGCAAUCCACUACUUUUCUAAAGCCACUUGGCCUUUGUAUGACUUUUGUCCCCCCCCAGUGUCAUUAAACUCAGCUGGAAGAUGAAAGAUGAAGGCAGCAAAAAGCUGCAUAACAGGUAUUCCAGGAAGUGCAGAAAUCGAAUUAAGGUUUCUGCAUGGGCACCAGAGAUCCGGCCACUGGCACAGUUCUAGUCUGCAGUAGUCUGGGAGGAGCCAAUACGAUAGUACCUCGUACAGAGCUGGGUGGGACUGUUCACCGUUCACACUCAUUCUGUCUUGAAAACACAGCGUCGUAGGACAGUGGAAACAUACAUUCCAGUACCGGAAAAGAUUACCAGAGAUUACAGGGAAAUUCCUUUUGUAUGAUUAAAAUGAUAGAACUAAAUGUAAAUAAUUUACAAUCACACUCAUGUAAUAUAAUGAACCAUAAUAAAUGUAUAUUUAAGA